AUGGUCCGCCUCAUAACACAUAACCUGCUCGCCUGCCACGCAAAAGGCUGUAACGCCAACAACUUCCCACUCGCAUUUAAAGAUGUCCAGAUAGCACUGCGCGAGGCGGAGUUCAACCCUGAUUUUCUGAGGGGAUUCAUGCCGAAGAUUGAAUGGAAUGCGUUGGUUCAGGCUUCGAGACAGCUUGGGGAUACGAGUCUGCCGUUGGAACAGCCUGAGAUGGUAGAUGAGGAGUUCUUGAAGUCAUUACACCAUGUAUUGCUCGAGAUACACGUGGAGGAGGGCGCUAUGGUCUGUCCAAAUUGCAGCCACACCUACCCAAUCUCGAACGGCAUCCCAAACAUGUUACUCGCGGAGCAUGAAAUCGGUUAA